AUGGCACCGAAAAAUAAAGGCAGCGACAAGGGAGCAGCCAAGGAGAAGGGGAAAGCGAAGGGGAAAGCGGAGACGGAAGAGAAGAGUACGAAGGUGAAGGGUGCGCAGCAGAUUAAUGUGCGGCAUAUUUUGGUAUGUCCAUUUUUUGUUAUUUUUUGUGAGAAGGGAAUAUAUGAAAGGGGGAUAAUUGUAUUGAAGGGUUGAAGGUUGGAGAUACUGAUGCGUUUUGCGUGGUAGUGCGAGAAACAUGGGAAGAAGGAGGAGGCUUUGGAGAAGUUGAAGGGAGGUGCUAAAUUUGAUGACGUUGCUAGGGAGUUUUCGGAGGAUAAGGCACGGGUUGGUUCGUGGUAUUCUUGCUUGCUUUGGCAAUUGGGUACUAAUAUAAUUGAUUGUAGGUGGGGCUUUGGGAUGGAAGAAGAGAGGGGAAUUGGAAUUGCCAUUUGAAGAAGCUGCCUUUGCGUUGGAAGCUUCAACUACAGCAAGUCCUAAAUACGCAGAGGCCAAGACGAGCUUUGGAUAUCACAUUUUAAUGGUUGAGGGAAGGAAAUAA